AUGACCACUCAACUAGCAGCGAGCUUUGCGCGCGAGGCGGAUGAAUAUGUGAGUCGCAUGCGAUUCCGCAGAAGGUUACGAGCCUGGCUUUCGGAAUCUAACACUUGGCUCGGGUGUUUAGACACUGAAAAACGCAGCACUCAGGAAUACAGCUACGACACGGAACAGCUGGAUUUUCUUUUGCUGCUGAAUGGCCUGAAACGCGAGUCCAUAUCCAGUGCCGAGAGCUGUGCUUCUCCAGCUUUCACAGAGGCCUCACAGGGGUCCACAGAUGUGAAAAGUAAUGAGUCAAAACCGCAGGCUUCCAAAAGACGGUUUUUCGAGCUCGGUCGUCGGCUCAGAAGUGCGCUUCGUAGGUCUUGCAGAUCCAAAACCCGACUAUCGUCCCAAAAUAAUGCCAGCUCUACAACGAAAGACAAUUACAGUUGUUCUGUGACGCUUCCAGAAAUCAAAGAUGGCGAACGCCCGCUUUCGCUGCAUAGCUCGCGCGAAUCGUAUCUGGCGCCGUCCACAAAUGUGCUCAACGUGCUGAAAAAGCUCCACCCAACGGUUUCAGAGAAAAGUGCAUACUAA